AUGCAUGUAUCCAAACUGAAGGCGAUUCGUUCAGGACAUCGAGGAACUAUUACAAAUUUUUUGAGGAGAAUUUCUGAGACCAACAAUGAGGAUGAGCAUUGUGCAAUGAUCAAGAUACUGGAGGAGAAACAAGACAUAUUAGAGAAAAUCAAUAGCCAGAUCCUACAAGAAUUAUCGAGUGAGGAAGAGAUCCAAAUGGAGAACAGAGAUUCAGUUGAGUACAUGUCACAUUUAAGACUAAGAUUAACAGAACUGACAAAGAGCGUGUCAUCUACCAAAACUUUAGAGAAUGUUCAUCAAUCUAAAUUCAUCAAUUUAAAUGUAAAUGCGCAAGAGUUUGCUCAAUGCAAUGACAUGUCACAAGGUAACUCAGGAAACCCUAUGACUCAUUAUACUGUGGACAAAAAAGAUGAUAAUGAUAUCUGGGAUUUACAAUCACUAAGGAGAGCCGUAAAGGUAGGGCCAUGCAUUCAAGAUGCUGGACAAGCUAGCAAUCUAAGAUCGAGCAAGGAAUCCCAGGAAUUCAUUCCAGCAGCUAACUUUGCUGUUGGGCCAAGUCAUAAAAGGACUAACAACCCACAAAAUUUUGUUAAGCUAUGUUUAUUCUGCAAGGGGAACCACUCACCAACAACUUGCCGUAUUAUUCAAGAUUGUGAGGCGAGAAUAUCCAUCAUAAAAGAAAAAAGAGUAUGCUUCAACUGUUUAGGGAAACACAAAGUUGAUAAUUGUCAGUCACGUUUCAAAUGCAGGAUUUGUAAGAAGACUCACCACACCAGCAUAUGUUACAAGUCGCAAUUCCUGAAGCCAUCAUCUAAGAGCUCAGUCACAAAUUUAGAGAGGACAAAGGAGAAAGAGUCACAUCAACUAGAGCAAUUAAUCCAACUACAUUACUCAAAACAGCUGAAAGGAGAUCGAAGUAAAGAGGAAGAGAAAGUAACCACAUCCAAGGAGACAAACAAACUGAAUACCAAACUACAGACUGCUGAGACAAGAACAAAUCAGACAAAAAAGUCAGCUUUCAACACAGUCUAUAAUAAAGAGAAGGAAGACCAAGAACAAGAAGAUCAGGUGGAAAAGCUUAAAUCAGAGAUUUUGCAGUUAAGGAGAGAGAAUUUCAAACUUAGAAGAAAGUCUUCUUUCAAGAGUCACAAAAUCCAGAAAAUACAGAGAGAAAAUUCAGAUUUAGUACAGAAGAUGAAAAGUCUAGAAGAUCUGAACAACCAGCUUCAAGCGCAAAUGCUGAAAACUCAAUCCAAUGUGGAACCAUGCAGUGAGACCCUCACCACAUCACAGGAAAUGGCAAACAAAGAUACAGCAGACUUGAGACUCUACCUGGAUGAACUAGAACUUCGAGUGAUCAAUCUGGAGAUGGGAAAGAAUAUUGCUACUUUAGAGGAGAUUAUGAAACAAAAUUCAUCCUUGAUGACACAGCUAUGGAAAUUGGAUCCAUAUACCCAUAACAACUUGGAGAAAUUCAACUUCUAUAGAGCAUUAGGAGAAAACAAUAUUCACCAGAGGCGUUACCACAAGAGAACAGGAACCACAUUCAACGAUUUCAAGAUUGGAAAAUUGGUUCAAGAGCACAAAGACUUUCCCAAAAUAUGA